UGCCGUUGGUGAGUUUCCCCCAAUAUGGCGGAGGGGCCAGCCGUGCGGAUGGACCGUCUCUCCCACUCUGAUGCUUGUUUUGUGUCUUGAGGGAGGGCGUUUUAUUUUACAUUUUUUUGACAUUCCCUCGCCACCGCCUGGUUUCUUCUCAGAUAGACUGCACUCGUGUUUCUCGGCGGAGUCAUGGCAGACCGCGGCGUGGAUUUGUCCGCCCUGCCAAAAGAGGUUAGAGACCAAUUGGCGGAGUUGGAUCUGGAGCUGUCUGAAGGUGACAUCACGCAGAAGGGCUAUGAGAAGAAGAAAGCCAAGCUGCUGGCCUCCUACAUCUCCCAUUUGCCAAAUGUGGAUCUUUCUCUGCCAGAUGUACAGCUUUCUCCUGGCCACAGUGUCGACCCCAGCCCGAGUCCUGAGGCCCCGGGCCCCUCCACGUCUUCAGCCUCCAGACACCACCGCACACACCGCAGUGGAGGGGCCAGGGAUGAUCGCUACAGAUCAGAUAUCCACACAGAGGCUGUGCAGGCAGCACUGGCCAAACACAAAGAAGAGAAGAUGGCACUGCCCAUGCCAACCAAGAGACGCUCAGCCUUUGUCCAGUCGCCCAUAGAUACCUGCACACCUCCAGACACAUCUUCUGCAUCAGAGGAUGAGGGCUCACUGCGCAGAAAGGCAGCUCUCAGUGCAGUGCUGGCCCAGAGCCUGCAGAGCCCUGAUUACUGGAUCAACCGUUCCGUCCAGAGCUCCUCCACGUCCUCAUCUGCUUCCUCAACCCUCUCCCAUGGAGAGCCCAAGACCCAGCCACAGUCUCAGCCACAGCCCUCACCUGCUGCUUCCUUGUUGGCCGAUGUCCUGGCUCACACACGCAUAGAAAACAGUGUCCCCCCAGAUGUGACAUCCUCCACUCCUCAGGAGAGAGGGUCAAGGGUGGACCUGCCUCCGGCGGUCAGGGGCAUGAGCCGUGGACAGAGCCGCUCCAGCAUGCUGGAUACCGCCGACGGAAAAAGAAAAGGCGUGCCUGUCAACAGCAGGGUGUCAACUAAGAUCCAGCAGCUGUUGAACACACUCAAACGGCCAAAGAGACCACCGCUCAGCGAAUUCUUCGUUGAUGACUCUGAGGAAAUUGUAGAAGUGCCCCAGCCGGACCCCAACACCCCAAAGCCAGAGGGACGUCAAAUCAUCCCAGUGAAGGGGGAGCCCCUCGGAGUUGUCAGUAACUGGCCCCCUGCCCUGCAGGCUGCCCUGGCCCGAUGGGGGGCCACCCAGGCCAAGAGCCCUGCCCUCACUGCGCUGGAUAUUACCGGCAAACCCCUCUACACGCUCACUUAUGGUAAACUAUGGAGUCGCAGUCUGAAACUGGCCUAUACACUUCUGAAUAAACUGGGCACCAAGACAGAACCGGUCCUACAACCUGGAGAUCGGGUUGCGCUGGUGUAUCCAAACAGCGACCCUGGCAUGUUCUGGGUGGCUUUCUAUGGCUGCCUGUUAGCCGAGGUCAUCCCUGUGCCCAUUGAGGUGCCACUGUCAAGACAGGAUGCAGGCAGCCAGCAGAUCGGCUUUCUAUUGGGCAGCUGUGGUGUCAGUCUGGCACUCACCAGUGAGGUUUGUCUCAAGGGGCUGCCCAAGACACCAAACGGAGAGAUCAUCCAGUUCAAAGGAUGGCCAAGGAUGAAAUGGGUAGUGACAGACACUAAGUACCUGACCAAACCAUCCAAAGACUGGCAGCCUCACAUCCCCACUGCCAACACAGACACCGCCUAUAUAGAGUACAAAGCGAGUAAGGAGGGGACAGUGAUGGGUGUUGCUGUAUCCAAGAUCUCCAUGCUGACCCACUGUCAAGCCCUGUCGCAGGCCUGUAACUACUGUGAAGGGGAGACACUGGUCAAUGUGUUGGACUGCAAGAAGGAUAUGGGCCUGUGGCAUGGCGUCCUAACGAGUGUCAUGAACAGAAUCCACACCAUCACAGUGCCAUAUGCUGUCAUGAAAGCAUGUCCCAUGUCCUGGGUGCAGAGGGUCCACAUUCACAAAGCACGUGUGGCCUUGGUGAAGUGCCGUGACCUCCACUGGGCCAUGAUGGCCCAUAAGGAGCAGAGGGACAUCAACCUGUCCUCCAUACGCAUGCUUAUUGUGGCUGAUGGAGCAAACCCAUGGUCUGUGUCAUCGUGUGAUGCCUUCCUGAAUGUGUUUCAGUCUCAUGGUCUGAAGCCUGAGGUGAUCUGUCCAUGCGCCACCUCUCCUGAGGCCCUGACUGUGGCCAUACGAAGGCCUGGUGCACGAGGAGCUCCACUACCAGCCAGGGCCAUCCUGUCCAUGGGUGGGCUGAGCCACGGGGUGAUCAGGGUGAACACAGAGGACAAGAACUCUGCUCUCACUGUUCAGGAUGUGGGCCACAUCAUGCCUGGAGCUCUGAUGUGCAUUGUGAAACCAGACGGGCCCCCUCAGCUGUGCAAGACAGAUGAAAUAGGAGAGAUUGUCAUCAACUCUCGGGCUGGAGGCACCAUGUACUACGGCCUGCCUGGUGUCACCAAGAACACAUUUGAGGUGAUCCCUGUUAACCAAGCUGGAGCACCCAUAGGCGAAAUUCCCUUCAGUCGGACUGGUCUGCUUGGAUUUGUAGGACCGGGCAGUCUGGUGUUUGUUGUGGGGAAGAUUGAGGGGCUGCUGAUGGUGAGCGGGCGACGCCACAACGCAGACGAUCUGGUGGCCACCGCGCUAGCAGUGGAGCCUGUCAAAACAGUUUACAGGGGGAGGAUUGCUGUGUUCUCCGUGACGGUGUUUUAUGACGAGAGGAUUGUGAUUGUGGCAGAGCAGAGACCUGACGCCAGUGAGGAGGACAGCUUCCAGUGGAUGAGCCGAGUACUGCAGGCCAUCGACAGUAUCCACCAGGUCGGCUUGUACUGCCUCGCGCUCGUCCCAGCCAACACCCUCCCAAAGACUCCCCUUGGAGGUAUCCACAUCUGUGAAACCAAGCAGAACUUUCUGGAGGGAAAUCUGCACCCCUGUAAUAUUCUCAUGUGCCCGCACACCUGUGUUACCAACAUGCCGAAGCCACGGCAGAAACAGCCAGUGGAUGUUGGUCCUGCUUCUAUGCUGGUCGGGAACUUGGUGGCGGGGAAACGGAUCGCCCAGGCUAUAGGCAGAGAGCUGGGUGUGGUGGAGGACCAGGAUCUGAUCCGAAAG